CUGUGACUCCCAGAGAUGCUGAGCGGAGACCUGGUGGCAGUGUGGGAGGUGGCGCUGAGCGAUGGAGUUUACAGGAUCGAGUUCGCUCACGGUACCACCACCGGGAAACGGGUCAUCUAUGUGAACGGACAGGAAGUCGUCAGAAAAGACUGGAUGUUCAAGCUGGUCGGAAAGGAAACCUUCACGGUGGGAAGCUCCGACACCAAAGCCACCAUAGUCAUCGAGGCCAUCAGCGGCUUCGCCUACGAGUACACGCUGCAGAUCGCCGGGAAGAGCCUGCAGAAGUUCAUCGACAACCGGGCGCAGACCACCAAGACCUGGCUGCUCAAAGUGGACGGACAGGACUACAGAGUCGUCCUCGAGAAGGACACCAUGGAUGUUUGGUGCAACGGGCAGAAAAUGGACACGAUGGGAGAGUUUGUGGACGACGGCACCGAGACAAACUUCACAGUCGGGGAACACGACUGCUGCAUCAAGGCGACCAGCAGUGGGAAGAAGAAGAAUGGCAUUGUGCACUAUUUACUGCUGGACGGAGAACAAAUACCAGCUUCAACACAUUAGUGCAGAGCUGAGCUGCCAAAGACUCUCUGAGGGAGCUGUUUACAUCUGCUGGAGGAACUUUAUUUUGAAGGAUUCGUUUGGUUUGGUUUCAAAUUUAGACCAUUGUGUAGAAAUAUGCAAUAAACACCGAAAUCAAAAGCA